AUGAAUUCAGAGCUGCGAAGGCAAGUCAUCAAUGUAUACAAAGAACUCCUGGAGAUGGGGAAACACUAUCCUCUAGGUUAUGAGUACUUCCGGCCUCGCCUACACAAAGCUUUCAUGUCCAAGGCACACUUGACGGACGAGGCCCAGAUUCGGCAAGGCAUUGAGAGGGCCGAGUUUGUCAAAAAGGAAAUCGAGGCGCUCUACUUCCUCAAGAAAUAUCGAUCGAUGAAGCAUCGCUACUCGUGA